AUGUCUAGUCCAGAUGAUUUUGAAACUGCACCAGCAGAAUUUGUUGAUGCAUUGGAUCCGAGUAUGGUCGCUGUUGACAGUGGCUCUGCUGCAGUCACAGCGCCAUCUGAUUCUGCCGCUGAUGUGAAAGCUAAUCAAAAUGAAGAAAACUCUGGUGUUGCUGGCGUUGACACUAGUGUCAAAGCGGAUCAGGCAGAGAUCGAAAAGAAAGACGAUGAUACUACUGAAGUCGGUAUAACGACUACCACGUCUCCCGUUGCUGAUACUGCUGCUGCCACUGAUAUUGUUAAGACGUCAACUGCAUCUGUUGCUGAAUCUACAGCUGACGAGAGAGCUGCUGAGGAGAAAAAAGAACAAGUGAGUGGUCCUCCUCUGUCAAACAUGAAAUUCUAUCUUAAUCGGGACGCUGAUGCGCAUGAUUCUUUGAAUGACAUUGAUCAAUUAGCGCGCCUGAUUAGAGCAAACGGUGGUGAAGUACUAGAUACCAAGCCAAGAGAAUCAAAAGAGAAUGUCUUCAUUGUAUCACCUUAUAAUCACACAAAUUUACCAACGGUAACUCCAACUUAUAUUAAGGCCUGUUGUCAAAGCAACUCGCUAUUGAACAUGGAAAAUUACUUAGUCCCUUACGACAACUUUAGAGAAGUUGUGGACAGUAGGUUACAGGACGAGCCUCAUUCUAAUGAUAUAAAUAAUAGCAAUAGCAAUAGCAGCCAUUCUAUUGGGCCAAAAGCAGAGAUAAUUUCCACAAAUACUAACGGCGCCACGGAAGAAUCAAUCAAGGAAAAAGUUAUGGUGGACGCUGAACAACAAGCCAGAUUACAAGAGCAAGCUCAGCUGCUUCGCCAACAUGUAAGUAGUACCGCUUCAAUGACAAGUGGAGGGCACAAUGACUUGGUCCAAAUCGAACAACCUCAAAAAGAUACUUCUAAUAAUAAUAAUAAUAAUAAUAAUAAUAAUAACAAUAAUAAUGUCAACGACGAAGACAAUGAUCUUUUGACGCAGGAUAGCAACCCUCAAGGAGCCGAUGAAGGAAAUGCAUCUUUUCAAGCACAAAGGUCCAUGAUUUCGAGAGGCGCUUUGCCCUCACACAAUAAAGCUUCUUUUACAGAUGAGGAAGACGAGUUCAUUUUGGACGUUGUCAGGAAAAAUCCAACCAGACGUACUACCCAUACUCUUUAUGAUGAAAUAUCCCAUUAUGUGCCUAAUCAUACAGGUAACUCUAUUAGACACAGAUUUAGAGUAUAUCUUUCUAAAAGGCUAGAGUACGUUUAUGAAGUUGACAAAUUCGGUAAAUUGGUUAGAGACGACGAUGGAAAUCUGAUAAAGACUAAAGUUUUGCCACCAUCGAUUAAAAGGAAAUUUUCCGCCGAUGAAGAUUACACUUUGGCAAUCGCAGUAAAGAAGCAAUUUUAUCGUGAUUUGUUUCAAAUCGAUCCUGAUACGGGAAGAUCGCUUAUCACAGAUGAGGAUACACCUACCGCUAUUGCCAGGAGGAAUAUGACAAUGGACCCAAAUCAUGUUCCAGGAAAUGAACCCAACUUCGCGGCUUAUAGGACCCAAAGCCGUAGAGGACCCAUUGCACGAGAAUUUUUCAAGCAUUUUGCCGAAGAGCACGCAACUCACACUGAGAAUGCUUGGAGAGACAGGUUCAGGAAGUUUUUACUCGCUUACGGCAUUGAUGACUAUAUCAGUUAUUAUGAAGCUGAAAAAGCUCAAAAUAGGGAGCCAGAACCGAUGAAGAACCUCACCAAUAGACCCAAGAGGCCUGGCGUGCCCACUCCCGGUAACUAUAACUCAGCAGCCAAAAGGGCAAGAAAUUAUACUUCUCAAAGAAAUGCACAGCCCACCGCUAAUGCUGCAUCUGCCAAUGCUGCUGCCGCUGCUGCUGCUGCUGCUUCCAACUCUUAUGCUAUACCGGAAAACGAAUUACUGGACGAAGAUACCAUGAAUUUCAUUUCCAGUUUAAAGAACGAUCUAUCCAAUAUCUCAAACAGUUUGCCUUUUGAGUAUCCCCACGAGAUUGCGGAAGCUAUAAGAAGCGAUUUUUCGAAUGAGGAUAUAUAUGAUAAUAUUGAUCCCGAUACAAUAAGUUUUCCACCGAAAAUUGCAACAACAGAUCUUUUCCUACCAUUGUUCUUUCAUUUUGGUAGUACGAGGCAAUUCAUGGAUAAACUUCAUGAUGUUAUUUCAGGAGAUUAUGAGCCAUCACAGGCUGAAAAAUUGGUACAGGAUCUUUGCGAUGAAACUGGUAUACGUAAAAAUUUCAGUACGAGCAUAUUGACAUGUUUAUCUGGAGAUUUGAUGGUCUUCCCUCGCUACUUCUUGAACAUGUUUAAGGACAAUGUCAAUCCUCCGCCCAACGUUCCUGGUAUCUGGACACAUGAAGACGACGAAUCACUAAAGAGCAAUGAUCAAGAACAAAUAAGAAAACUGGUCAAAAAGCAUGGAACCGGCAGAAUGGAAAUGAGGAAAAGGUUUUUUGAGAAGGACCUGUUAUAA